CCUCACACUUCCUGAGGAGGCAGUCAGAAGAACAAAGCCUGCGGAGGUAGCUUUUCUCUUCAUCGUCCCAGACCCGGCUGCCAAUUGGCCUCCUGUCCCCCCCAGCACCAUCCUGGGGGAAAGAAAGAGAUGAAGUGGAAGGGGAUUGUUAUCGCAGCCAUCCUGCAGGCACGAGUCCCAAUUACAGAGGCCCAGAGUUUUGGACUGGCCGACCCAAGACUGUGCUACCUUCUAGAUGGCAUCCUCUUCAUCUAUGGAGUCAUUAUCACGGCCCUCUUCCUGAGAGCAAAGUUCAGCAAGACUGCCAGAGUCUCCAGCUACCAACAGGACCAGAAUCAACUUUACAAUGAGCUCUCCCUAGGACGCAGAGAAGAAUAUGACAUUUUAGAUAAGAGAAGAGGCCGUGACCCGGAGAUCGGGGGAAAACAGAGAAGGAAGAACCCUCAAGAAACUGUGUACAAUGCAUUGCAGAAAGACAAGAUGGCAGAAGCGUACAGUGAGAUUGGAAUGAAAGGAGAGAACCAGCGAAGACGAGCCAAAGGGAAUGAUGUCCUGUACCAGGGCCUCAGCUCAGCCACCAAGGACACCUAUGAUGCCCUCCACAUGCAGCCCCUGCCUCCUCGUUAACAGGAGUAUACCACCACCGACUCACCAUCCAGACAGGUUUGCAAGGACACAGCAGUUACAACCGACCUCCACUGAGAAAAAAAAAAAAGUCAUUCUUGUUUCCCAGAAACCAAAGCAGCCUCUCCUUACCUGUAGGAUGAAUCUCAGGUUAAUGUUUGGCCAUGUCCAACUCCUUACUGUAAGCUUGCCUUUGCAUUUUUCAGAUUUCCAGCCUCAGGGAUUGUGAUUUUGUAGUAACAACAGUAAUAGAAUACAUUUGUGAAAAAGGUUUACCAAUCUUCUUCCCACCACCAUUCAGGGUUCAGGUAUCAUUAGCUCCUAUGUAGCCAAUCAAUGAACAGCUAUUAAGCACCUACUAGCCAAAGCUUUAGAAGAUUUGAUCUUGGGUCUUCUGGCUCUGGAAGAUUUGGUCUUGGGUCUUCUGGCUCUGGAAGAUUUGGUCUUGGGUCUUCUCCUGGCUCAGCCCAUCACUUUCUCCCUGGGACUCAACGCUCACAUUUGUCCAGCAGAUGGAUGUCCCAUCCCACAGAGGUGCCAUUAGCUUCUACUAUGUAAAGCCUUCAGAGAGACUGGAGGUGAUUGCCGUUGUUGAAAUAGUCCACACCAUCUCCCCCAUUAGCAUUUAUGUCCCCUUGGCUUGACUCCGGCUGUAAACUUAGCUUCUCUGCUAUUGCUCCCUCCUCCCCAAUUAAAUUUUUGUUCUCUCUCUCUU